AGCUGCAUAUUGAAUGGUGGUCCAUAUUCACUAAAAAGCAAAAAAUACAAAAACAGAACCAAAUAUAAAUUCAAAAACUUCCAGACACAAAAGAAAUGGCAUCACUUACGGAAACACACAAGGUUUGGGAACAGUAUAAGGUUCAGGCCCGUUAUCGUUAACAUCGCGUAAGUAGACGGCUACUAACUGAGUUCCAACAUUGCCGGCUGGAAAAGAGAAAGAAUAUAUAUAAAUCGAAAUCAAAAAAGCUC